CUUUUUUCUUUUUUCUUUUUUUGUGUGUGUUGUCCCGGCUGAUGAACUAAUGGUUGAUUCCAAUAAAGAAAAUGACACACGAGAAACAGCUCAGCUAAUGGAAGAAAAUAAUGAUAAACAACAGAUCGCCAUUCCUCGAAUCGUCUUAACAGAGGCUCCACCUAUUGAACAAGAGAAAGCUCUUGAAUCUGCCAUAAGCAAUACCACUUCUCAAUCACUAUCACCUACUCAAAGCAUACAUAGAAAGCCAAUAUCGUCUACUAAUGUAUCCAUGCCUCUUCCUUUAACUAAGGAUUUGCUGAGACGAAAGAACAAGAUAGAAAGAUUAUUAAAUAGACAAGAAAAACAAAGCUACAAACCACCUAAUCCAUUAGGCAUAUCUUAUCCAGAGGAAGCAGCUAUAGAUGAACGGAUUGGAUUAGAUCCAUCAGCAUCAUCUCGAUCAGGAGGACUGAGGCGUCGUCGUCUCUCCUCUUCUCAUAAUGAACUCAGAUCAGGUACAGCAAGCAACACAUUGGUUAAUCAUCCACCUGAAUGGCAGCAUGAUGCACACCGAUCUUUUAAUACUACAGCCACAGAGUCAAGUAAUUAUAGAUCAAAACAUGCAGGAACAAGUGUCAGUGGAACAUCACAUAGACAUAAUAACGCAUCUUCAAACAAUGACAAAUUGUAUGAACAUCAUCGAUAUAUAGAUCAGCAUCAUAGUGAUAGAUAUUAUAGACAGCUACAACAGGAGAAGUUAAACAAAAAUAGCCAAAAAAGUAAAUAUUAUCUACUUGAGGUGUUAUUUAAUGCAGCCAAAAGGGUUGUCCACUCUCGGGUCUCUGAGGCAAAAGGAAUUUCCAGCAUUGAAGACUUUAGCUUGUUUUCAGGGGCCCCAAGUAGUCCUUAUAAAGAUAGGCCUACAGAAAACCCACCCAUGCACUCAUCUUCACCAAACUUGAAGAAAUCCGCCUCUCCAGUAGUAACAAAUUCAAACAGAUCGACUCAUAGAUUAUCUUGGUUAUCAAACUCUACGUCUAAUACCAAUGCUGAAGAUGAUAAUAAUUCUAUAUGGCAUGCAUUUACAAAAGAAGAAUCAUAUAUACCCCAGACAGAGGCAAUUCCACCUCCUCAAAAUAGAACAUUCCCUGAAGAUCAUGCGCCAAUUAAUCCACUUCAGGGACGCUCUUUAUAUCUAUUUAGUCCAACAAAUUGGCUACGUGCUAAGAUAUGGUUAUUUAUUCGAUCAAAAUAUACCGAGUCCUUCUUACUUUGCUUACUGAUUCUUCAUUGGCUUCUGUUGGCCUGUGUACCGAUAACAUCAAACGAGCAGAAAUCAGUUUUUGGUAAUCAGUGGGUACAUUUUGCAAUACUGUUCAUACAAGUGAUAUAUAGUCUUGAAGCGAUAUGUAAGAUGAUAGCAUAUGGUCUAUUACUACCACCUGUAUGCUCUAAAAGUGAUAAAAAACCAUAUACGUGGCUUAAUACUUGGCUAUAUUCUCCAAAGAAUAUUGAAGAGGAGAAAAUACCCUCCAAUAAGCAUUCUCCCUUUAUAUUUCACAAGGACAACGAUAAGCCUGGAAGCAAUCAUCGUGCCUAUCUAAAUAGCUUUGGAAACAUUUUGGAUAUAAUAUCUAUUCUAUCCUAUUGGGCUGAUUUUAUAUUAAUGGGCUAUGAUUACCCCAAUAUGUCACUUUUUAAAGCAUUGGGUGCAUUGCGACCUAUUCGUCUUUUAUCCAUUAUACCAGGCACAGCCAUGAUUUUGGAAUCAUUGGAACUAAGCUGGGAUGUACUGCUUGCAGUUUCUGGUCUUAUCUUAUUCUUCUUAAUUCUGUUUGCCUUACUUGGACUGGUUUCCUUUCAAGGAGCAUUUUCCAGAAGAUGCUACUAUAUAGGGGAUGAUGGAUCUUUGAUGCAGAUAGAACCAGUUCGAUAUUGUUCUGGAUAUAGGAACGGUACCUCUGUCAUGGGCCCGUAUAAUAUACAGACUGGUACACAUGAUUACUACGGUCGUCAUGGUUAUAUAUGUGUUUCGGGUCAAAUGUGUGUGGAAGAUCCCAAUAACAAUCCUCAGUAUAACUUUGUUAACUACGACAAUAUCUUUUCUUCGUUGCUGAGCGUUUAUACGUUCGUAUCGCUGGAAUUAUGGACUGACCUCAUGUACCAAACACAAGACGCUGAUUCAUCUAUUGCAGCAUUGUAUUACUGCUUGGGGGUAUACAUCAUCUCAUUUGUCAUGUCAUUUUUAUUAUUUGCUGUUAUUACUUCUGCUUUUGCGCGAGUUCGCCAGUUUGGCUCUGGAAGUGCAUUUACUUCAAAGGAAAAGGGUUAUUUGAUUUUAAGAGACACGGAAGAAGCCAAUACAAAUGAAGACAAUGAUCCGAUAUGGAUGUUUGAUUACCAUCGAGAUGAUUUCAGGAAGGGCUUGUCUACCUUGAAAUUGCGUUGGCUUCUUGUUCAUCUAGUAAGAAGCCAAGCGUUUUAUUAUUUUGGGGGCUUUUUGGUGUUGCUUGAUUUAAUCUUUAUGUGCCUUCGAUCAUAUACUGCAUCUGAAUCACGAAUCGAGCUGAUCAAUAACGCAGAAACAGCAUUCACCUUUAUCUUUGCUAUUGAAAUCGUCAUCCGUAUGGUAGGCGCGACAAGCUGGAUGAACUUUUGGUCUUCAAAAAGAAAUGUCAUCGAUUUGUUUAUUGCUAUAACAACAUGUGUUAUCCAGUUGCCUAUGAUACAAGAUUCUGCUGCAUACAAGUAUCUUACCAUUUUCCAAAUUUGCCGAUGCUAUCGUCUGUUUCUUUGUAUUCCUCGAGUACAGAGGCUUGUGCUUGCUGCUUUGGGAACAGGUGAAAAUGUUUUUAAUGUCAUGGUAUUCCUUAUCUUGGCUACAGCAUUAUGCGCAACUAUGUUUAUGCAAAUGUUUGGUGGUGACUUUAACGACCUGUUUUCAUAUACAGAUGCUGAAAACAGAUUUGACACAUUUUGGCAGUCUUUCGUUUCUCUUAUUAUUGUAUACACAAGUGAAACUUGGACAGAAAUCUUGUAUAAUGCUAUGGCUAGUCAAGCGGGAAAAGGAUCAAUCUAUGCUGCGAUUGCUCUUAGCAUCUACUUUGCUUUUGGUAGAUACAUCAUGUCUGGCCUAUAUAUCGCUGUAGUUUUGGAAAAUUUUGAAUUAAGUGAUGACUAUAUUCGGCGCUACCAAAUCAAGGACUAUAUUCAUCGUCAUCGGUUCAAAGACUUUGGCAAGACUGAAACCAUCUUGAUGAGGAUGUUUUAUCCGCUUUAUCAUUUGGAGGACAAGAAAAACUUGCACGUACCAAAACUACCAGCAAACUUGACUGCUUCCUUAUCCAAAGCGGAUAUCACUGAGCUUUUGGCUGAUAUUCCUAGAACAAGACGAAACGCAAUCAUUGAUGAGACAGUUCCUUCGGUUCUAGAGAAGAAGCUUGUGUCUCUUUAUACUAAAGUUCGUGCAAAUAUACCGCUUUUAAAAAAAGAGGAGAAUGCUAAGCCUACGCCAUCGAGUACAUUUGUGCUGGAUAACGAUGAUGCUCCUGACGAUUAUGAUAUAGUAGCCUCUGAAGAAAAUCGUGAAGCUAUGAAAGAAAGGGCAACCGUUGCUCGCUCGCUACUUAUAUUCUCUGAUAGAAGUCGAAUCAGAUACUAUUGUAAAAAACUGGUAGGAUCUAGUGUAGAUGGCCAGGCAGAGAAACGUAAUUUGUUCAAUUGGAUCAUCAUGAUAUGUGUAUUUGUUAGUAUUAUCAUGGUCAUCUUGGACGAACCGUCGACAAGGAUGAUAAGAAAAGACACGAUAAGGCAGUCAACUUAUAACACCAUUGAAAUUGCCCUGAGUAUUAUUUUUAUUAUUGAAUUGACCAUACGUAUAAUUGCCGAUGGAUUGCUUUUGACGCCGAAUGCUUAUCUUCGUAACCAUUGGAAUCAGUUAGAUAUAUGUGUUAUAUUGUUGAACACCAUUACUAUCUUUAUGGGAACAGAACAAGCGCCUCGUGGCCUUAGUACCUUGCGAAGCUUACGUAUCCUUCGGCUUAUCAGAUACUUUAAUGGCAUUCGAGAUAUCUUUGUUUCUCUUUUUUACUCUUUCCCAUUAAUGUUGGAUGCCUUAAUAUUCACAUUACUUGUGCUCAUUCCUUUUGCUGUAUACGGUGUCAACAUCUUUGGUGGACUCAUGUGGCUGUGCAAUGAUGAUUCUGUACUUUCCCGUGGUGAAUGUGUUGGGGAAUUUACCAAAAAUAUCGGAGACGAUGAUUCCUCUCCCAGCUUACUAAUUCCUCGUGUAUGGCAAAACCCACAGAACGGUUUUUAUUCAUACGAUAACUUUCCUUCUGCACUGCAACAUUUGUUUUCACUUACCUCGACUGAAGGAUGGGUUGAUUCAAUGUUUAGUGCUAUGAGCACACCAAUCGAGCCUGAUAUUCAGCCUAGCUUCGACUGGAAUUCUGCCACCGUAUACCAUGGCUUAUUUUACAUCAUCUUCAUGAUCAUAUCCCAAGGCACAAUACAACUCUUUGUUGGCGUCAUUAUUGAAAAAUUCAAAGAAAGAAGCGGAAUCACAACCUUGACAACUGCACAACGACAGUAUUGCGACCUUCAGCGUAUGUUGGCAAACGUCAAGCCUACGAUCAAGGUUUUUCCGCCACAGUCUAAAAUACGACGUUUCUGUUAUGACUUGGUUAUAGAAAAAGAUGGCAUGUUUAACAAGAUAAUGAUGUCCGUCAUCAUCCUAAAUGCUUGUUUACUUGCAAGCGAGUUUCAAAAUGAGCCUGACUGGUUAUCUUAUGUCCAAGAUUAUUCGUACUUGGUAUUUUCAAUCAUUUAUGUGAUUGAAUGCGUUAUAAAAUUCCUAGGACUUGGUCCAAAGAAGUGGAUGCGUAGUAAAUGGUGUUGGUAUGACUGCACGGUUGCAUUUGGAGCGCUGCUUUCUAUGUGCCUACGUUUUGCCUUACCAACACUUUGGUCAUUUCGGGUUGAACGGUAUUGUCUACUGCUUGCGGCAUUUCGUCUAGGAGAAGGCAUUGAUUUUCUAGAGACACUUUAUCAUACCCUUGCCAAGUCUUUACUUUCCAUUAUUCAAGUUUCUGCCGUUUUUAUGGUAGUUAUGUGUCUGUUUGCCAUGAUAUUUAUGGAGUUUUUUGGCCUAACGAAGUAUGGAACUUAUGGAUCAAGACAUACAAAUUUUAGGGACUAUGGGAAUGCAUUGCUCUAUCUUGUACGCUUUACGACAGGUGAAGCAUGGAAUGCUAUUAUUAUAGACUAUGCCGUACAGUAUCCUAACUGCAAUCACUCUUCCAAUUAUCUUGAGAAUGAUUGCGGAUCCUCUUUUUGGGCCUAUGUCUUGUUUGAUGCAUUCUAUAUCAUUUGUGCUCAUAUCUUUAUGAAUUUAUUCACUGCCGUGAUUAUCAGUAACUUUGAGUAUACUUAUGAGACCAGAACUCGGUUUACAAAGGUUACUAAAUCCGACCUUCGAACGUUUAAACAAUCAUGGGCUGAUCUUGAUCCACAAGGAACAGGAUAUAUACAAAAAGAAGAUGUUCCAAAAUUGCUUCACAAGCUAACGGGGUGCUUUCAGUUUCGAAUAUAUGACGAUGAAAUGGGAAUUGGUAAUAUAAUCAAGCACUCAAAACUAAAUCAAUCCACAUCAGAAGGAACAGAUGCUACAUCAUAUAAUGAGAAGCAUCUUGAACAGAAAAACACUGAUGUUGACGUGAAUGAGCUUAACAGGUACUUGGAUAGAAUGAAUACAGAAGAAACUCGACGUCGAAGAUUCGAGUAUAAUAUAUUAGUAAAGGAAAUUUUAAGAGCAGAAACUUCAAAGGGAAUCUCCUUUGACAAUGUAUUGACUAUCUUAUCCUAUCGCUUAAUUGAUAUUUCAACAGCUUUAACGCUUGAUCCUCUCAUAUCACGUUUAGAAAUGCUUGAACAGCUCACUCAAGAAUAUCAUUUAGAAAAAGCUGCUGGUUUCUUUCUAUCUCAAAUACAGAAAAGAAGAUUUACUCAUGCACUAUGGAAAAAGCGAACCGAGGAUGAAGUUCAGAAUCUAGGAGUGACAUCAACAAGCCAAUUUGAAUUUGGCUCACCUAGAAUAGGUCAAAAUAACCAGUUUUUGGACACCCCUAAAGAAAAGAAGAAGCGAUCACCACCAGUGCCUCGCAUUGUCAUCAAUACUGUGCCUACUAUUGAAACUACUAGUUCUUCACCUACCACUGCUGCUGGAACAGUUAGCUUUCCUGUAUCGCCCAUGUCUGUAUUUUCAACAGACGUUCAUUACACCCCGUCUGGGUCUCCUGGCGGUGCACCUGAUUCACUAAGUGUUGCUAUUGGCACAAACAGUUCACCGUCAUCGCCAUACGCCGAGUUUGACUUUAGUGGUGGUCGGAGCCCAAGAUCCAGCGGCUUUUCCAUGCACUCGCCUGUUCCUUCUGGCCUGAGCCCUACUUCUCUCCGGCAAAACUGGCUGCUGAUGGAUGCAAAUGCAGAUAUGCCAACAGAAAUUUCGGAAGGUUUAAUGGAUUCUAUGAAUCAUAAUAUAUGGGCUGGAAUGCUCAAAGAGGAAAGCACUCUGUAAAUUGUUAUACCCUAGACUAAUAAGCCCUUUUUCUUUCUGUUAUUUAUUUUAAAAUAAAGGGCACUUUAUAUUAUUUCUUUUAUCAAAAAUG